UCAGUCAUUUUGAAACUCAAUAGUCAAUACACUCCGUAAAAAAUUGAAGGCCCUGACCUAGGGUUUCUAACCUAAGCUCGGCCAUGGAAACAGAGACGACGACAGCAACAUGGCUCCUUGGCAACGACAGAUUCAGGGGAACCAGACAUGUGUGGCAGUUUUGUAACGCCUGGGUAAGAAAGCAACUAUGGCUACCGGCUGGGCUGGACGCGGUAACGACCGCAGAUCUUAGGCGCAGCAAAGACCACUUUGGCUAGCAGAUCCCUAUUUAAAAGGCUGUUUUUGAGCUAAUGGAACUAGAUCUCCAUCAAGACCAUGCGACCUCCAGUCCUGGGAGUUGCUUCUUUGCGUGGGCAAAGAUGGACCUUUGAUGAGCUGCUUCCAUUCCUUGCACACGCUUUAGAGCCAGAAAAGCAAGCUGGCGGGGAGGUAGAAGAGAAUUUCUUGGUAAAUGUUGGAGGGAAGAUCUUUGGUUGGGAUUUGGCUUUUGGGUUUGCAUAUGUUUAUGGGUCUUGGUUUUGGGUUUUGGAUCUGGUUUUGGUUAUGCUUUUUGGGGCUGGGUUUUGGGUCUGGUUUAUCCAAGCAACUGAAAAACCAGACAGGUGGAUGGCAGCCUUACCAGACCAGUCGAAGGAGGCAGGCUUCCCUAUUGGUGCUGGAUCAACUUGCUGGGCAGGGCCUGGUACAUCGGUUGCUGCUGCCAAGGCCUUUGACAGAUCAGGGUCAGGUUCGCAAGUUCAACUUCAUUGUGGUGCUUUGUGUGCUGCUGUUCAAAGGAAGGCUGGCCUGGGUUCCCGGGGUUGGCAGGACAAUAGAAUCAGGGACCUUUGUGCCAACCUUGGUGUGACGCUUACGUCUAGCCCUUUUGGAGGCCAAACCAGCAUUAACAUAUCAGAAACAUCUGCUUCUAAAACCCUUUUUCAAGCUGAUGUUGAGACCUUGUUUCGAACUGUUGAUGAGACCCAGAACACCACCACCAAGAGCACUUCAAUUGUACAAGCUGAUGUAAAGGCCAACACCCCUUUAAAUUUUAAAACUAUCUUGCAGUCACCCCUCAACUCGAACCGAUUGCAAUCCAUAGGCCUUUCUCCUGAGGUAGAACCACUUCACCCCAUAAGGGAAUCCACUACUUGGCCUUCUCGAGCAAUUAAUGACAAACAGACCAUUGGGGAAGUCACCCAAGUGAAGCCAUUUUUUUCACUUAGAGAUAUGAAAGCAAUGAAUUUAAAAGCAGGGCAGUUGGUCGAGCAUUAGGAAACCAGCAAGUGAAGUGUUUCUGUUGGGAGGUGGGCAACCUAACACCCUAUUGAGUCACGACAGGAAAGAAAGGGAAAGGCAUCAA